AUGGGUGUCGAGCAGGUCAACACUCUCCAAAUCCACUUUCCAGACCCAGAGACCCCGUUGAAGGAACAGGCGGAGACUUUCGAUAGUUUGCACAAGGCUGGAAAGUUCAAAAAUCCAGAGUUGUUACAGGAAUUUAUCGACAUCUGCGAGGCCAAUGGCUAUAUCAAGCCCACUGUCUACCAGGGCGACUACAGCGCCGUCAAUCAGGGAAUGGAAAAGAAGCUCCUCCUAAUCCUGAAGAAAUACGGUAUUGCCUACAACGCAUUCCGGCACACGCUUCGACGGCGAUGGUCCCAUGAACAAAUUCAUGCAGAGCCUUUACAACCAGGAUCACUGCAUGAUGCGGUCAAGCAGUUGGAUAAAACAACACGCGCUCUUGGAACUACAACUAUCGAUGCUGCACUGCGGUGGGCGUACUACCAUUCUUUACUGGAAGAGAGUGAUGGAAUCAUCCUCGGGGCCAGUUCUGUCAAGCAAAUCAAGUCGAAUAUCGAGAGCGUCAGCCGGGGUCCUUUGCCGCAAGAGUGCCUCGGUACAUUCGAGCGCAUUUGGGAGAUACUGUGGGGCCCGGUGAAAGGAGACUUUCUAUAA